AUGCGCGAAACUACACUCCUCUUCUCGAACGCUGCUUCGGGUCCCUACGUUCGUCUUCGCUCGGCUUACCCGGUCCUCCCGCGGUAUACUCGAAGACAGGGCUCGCGUCGGUAUUUUUCGAGCGAACAAAAUGCGAUUCAUCCUCGAAAUGCCGGUUUGACGAUCCCCGGCCACCGAUCCCCAUCAUAUAGUAGCGCCGGUGUGCAACACUCUGGUCCAGACCGUGGAUUAUUGUCGCCGUCUUCUGCUCCGUUCUCAACUUCCUCCAAGGCGCUAGACAACGGUGAUUGGGACGCGAACCCGAAUCUGGCUAUUUCGGCUUUCUCCGAGCUUCCCUCGAAAGAUUUCGGAAUAAACCAGCACAUGGUAAUCAACCAAGAAUUUAAGGAAGCAUUGCGACAAAUUCUUUGGCAGUUCAGAGCACCAAUUCGGUAUGCCUUUGCAUAUGGAUCUGGUGUAUUCCCCCAAAAUGGCAGCGCGCCGGGCUCCGAACAAUGCCAUCCGUCAGCCCCGGCGGCAAUCCAGAACAUGCAGCAAGGCAAGGGAAAGAUGAUUGAUUUCAUCUUUGGUGUAUCUUAUUCGCAACACUGGCACUCAUUAAAUCUUGCGCAGCACCGCGAUCACUACUCAGGGCUGCGCACCCUCGGUUCUUAUACAGUCUCGCAAGUGCAAGACAGAUUCGGGGCAGGGGUUUACUUCAAUCCCUAUAUAACCGUCAACGGCACAUUGAUCAAGUACGGGGUUGUGAACAUUGACACACUAUGCCAGGACCUCAGCCAAUGGGAUACGUUAUACCUCGCGGGCCGACUGCAAAAGCCUGUCAAAAUCCUGCGGGACCACCCGAAGGUACGACUCGCGAACCAGAUGAAUCUCUUGUCUGCUCUUCGGGUCGCUCUACUACUGCUACCGGAGCAGUUUACAGAAUUCCAGUUGUACAACACGAUAGCAUCCAUCAGCUAUAUGGGUGACCUCCGCAUGGCAUUGCCUGUAGAAGACCCCAAAAAAGUCAACAAUAUCGUUUCUUCGCAGAUGGCUAACUUCAGGCGGCUAUAUGCACCGCUCAUCGAAAAUUUGCCAAACGCUGUCUUUAACGACAGUCGCUGUUCUUCCGAAGAUUGGAUUGAUGAUCCCGAGGCCAAUGUGCGGCUGACGCAAGAUAUGGACCCUGUAAAGCGCGGAAACAUGGUUCGCCGACUACCCGAGUCUUUCCGGGAGAGGCUGUACUUCCAGUAUCAGACGCGUUUCGGGAUCCCUCGCGCGGAAUUUUUGAAGAUGAUGAAGGAUAGUAAUGACAAGGACCCGGAGCUUGUUCGCCGCAGGCAAGGUGGGCCUUUCGAGCAGCGCAUUGCCAGUGACGAUGGCCUCACGAAAGAAAUACAGGGCGCGAUCACUAAGACGAUUCGGUGGCCAAGCUCUGUAGAGACGGUCAAGGGAUUGUUCACUGCGGGGAUAUCUCGAACCUGGCGUUAUCUUAAAGCAAAGCAAGAUAAGUGGAAGAAUUCGGGAAAAAAGGAGCCAGAGCCAAGCGAAGAGACUCCAAAGGAGACUAAGAAAGAAUAG